AUGGCAGCACAGCCUGACCUGCAUCGCUUGAUGGAUGGCCCCGAUGUGUCCCUCAUGAGCUAUCCAAAUCUUGGCCAGAUCGCUGGGAUGCUGGGCAAGGACGCAAGCACUCCGUCCUCAGAGGCUCAGGCAAUGCUGGAGGCACCCAGCAGAGAAUUUGCAGGCGGGCUGUACUUUGAUGGACCCGCUGUUUUUGGCAGCCUGGUCCUUUUGUCCCUCAUGAUCGCGCUUGCAUUUGGCCGCGUGUUGGGCUUGGAUCAGUACCUCACAAAGCGGCUGAAGGUGUGGCGAGAAGAGAGGCGUGAGAGGGAGCGUUGGGACAUCAUAGAGGCGCGUAAAAGGCUUGAGAGAUCAUAUGACGAGGAGGAGUGA